AUGUUUGCAAGAGCACUGCGUGUUUUCGGAUUACCCAGAAGACAAGGGAUUUUCUCUCUCCGUAACCUUUUCAUCCAGACAGCUGAGACUCCCAACGAGAAUGCAUUGAAAUUUUUGCCUUCCACCAAGCUUCUACAAGAGAAUGAAACUCGUGAAUUUCUAAGUGGUAGAGAAGCUGUUAUAAGUCCGUUGGCAAUGAAGCUAUUUUCGGUAGAUGGGGUGAAAUCUAUCAUGUUGGGCUCUAAUUUCAUCACUAUUGAGAAAUCGACCGACGACAUCGAAUGGGCUGUUCUCAAGCCGGAGAUUUUUUCCAUUUUGACUGAAUUCUUAACUAACGGGACUCCUAUAAUAUCUGACGAUGCACAGUUAACAAAUGACAUGCAGUUCAGUGAAGAUGAUGACGAAAUUGUUUCUAUGAUCAAAGAACUUAUCUUCACGAGAAUCAGACCCGCAAUCCAAGAUGAUGGAGGCGACAUCGAAUUUGUGAGCUUUGAAGAAAACACUGGGGUUGUUUAUUUGCGAUUGAAGGGUGCAUGCCGUUCUUGUGAUUCUUCAUCUGUUACAUUGAAAAACGGUAUUGAAAGUAUGCUUAAAUACUACAUUGAGGAAGUUCAGGAAGUGAGGCCUGUUGAUGAAACUGAUCCUAUUGAGGAAACUACAGUACCUGAUUUCGAAGCGGCUACCGUCACGCCCCAAAGAAGAGGAGACGCAAGCACACCCCCAUCCUUGUAA